AUGAGCGAAAGAGAGGGAGCUCCGCGCGAGAGGCAUCGGUCCGGGGUCGACGAGGUGCAGAGGCUGUCCGAGAGGCGCGAAAGGCCCAGAGAGGAUGGUCGGGCCCAAGAGAGCCGCACGCAUCGGCGUGAUCGAGACGAAGGGCGGGACAGGCCGCGGCCGCGGCGUGGUGACGACGACUACGACAAGGAGCGGGACCGAAGAAGCCACCGAGGACAGAGUAGGGAGAGGGCGCGCCAUCGGAGGUCACGCUCCGUCUCUGAUUCGGAAGGCUCUUCCUCCUCUUCCUCUUCCUCUUCAGAGGGCAGGUCUCGUCGCACGUCCAAGAAGUCGAGAGACGAAGAAGAGGAAGAUGAGGAAGCAAGGAGGCGCCGGAGAAAGAGGCGGCGCGAGAGGGAGAGGGAGAGAGAAAAGGAUCGGGAAAGGGACGGCGAGCGCAGAAGACGGAAAGAGAGGAGGCGAAGUCGGAGUCCGGACGAGAGCAGAGAGGAGCGCAGGGAGCGAAAACGUCUAAAGAAGGAGAAGCGCGACCGCAAGAAUAAGCGAGGAGGGGCGGUGCAUGAGUUUGGCAAGUAUGGCAUCAUCAGCGAGAUGGAUGUCAACUCUCGCCUCACGGGAGAGUUCCGGCAGUGGCUCGUCGAGGAGCGGCACAUCAAUCCCGAGACGAUCUCGCGCGCCUCGGAGCGAAAGGAGAUGGCCACCUUCAUCGAGGACUACAACACGGCGACGUUCACCUCGGAAAAGUAUUACAACCUCGAGGCCCACGAACGCAGGAUGGCUUCGAUCAGGGCCGGUGCGACCCUCGAUGACGACGAGCUGUUGGGCACAUAUGACCCGCGAAAGGACGAGGCAGCCGCAAAGGCUUCCUUUCGAUCGCAGCAGCGGGCGCGAGAGGGUGCCAGCUCCUCGACUGAUGCGUGGCAGAACAAAGCCCAGCUGGAGGAGCUGCGGCGGGUGCAAAAUGAACGGAUCGAGCUGGCGAAGCGCAAGCAGCUUGGCAUGAACGUCUCGGCCAAGCUCGGCGUGCGAAUGGACGGCAGCUCUUUUGACCGGCGGUGA